AUGCUCACCACCAGGGAAUCGUCCGACUCGGCGGCCAUGAGCGGCCGUCGCGUAGGGAGCCACAUCGCGACAUCGAGACGCGACUCGUACAGCUCCGCCGAGACCUGCGCCGAGCAGGACGCCUGGGACGCCUACUACAAGGACAAGCCAGAUUAUCGCGAGUUUCGCAUCCAUCAGAUGUCGGUGUCCAAGGAGCUGCCGGGGUGGGCCAUCGCGCAAAUCGGCUUUCGCAUUGUGUCGCUCUUCCUGUCUGGCGUGGUCGCAGGUUGCAGCAUAAGAGGUUACCUGACCGGCCUGGUUCUAUGGCUUCCCUUGGUUGCCGUCAUCGUCAUCUGGGAAGUGGCAGAGCUCCUGGUGUUUGCAGCAAACCGCACACACGGCAUCAACCCGACGGCGCAUAUAAUUAUGGAGUUGAUCAUUGCUCUCGGCGCUCUCGCGUACACCGGAUUAUCGAUAUGGGAGGUCUUUGUAUUUCGGGGAUAUAGGAGCAUUGUUGAGUUUGCCGUGGUGACCGGCCUAUUGGCUGCCAUGCCAUUCUUUUCGGGCGCGCCUUAA